AUGUCGUCCACCACGACCCAUACAGCUGCUGUCCUGCAUGGGGCCCGCGAUCUCCGUAUCGAGCAUAUCAGAACGCCUACUUUACAACCGGAUGAAGUCUCCAUAGCGCCGCGUGCUACAGGCCUCUGCGGUACUGACAUGCAUUACUACGAGAAUGGAAAGAAUGGCAUGUUUGUAGUUGAUCAACCUCUUGUUCUCGGCCAUGAAGCAGCCGGCGAGAUUCUAGAGGUAGGAUCCUCGGUCACAUCUUUCAAACCAGGAGAUCGUGUGGUCUUUGAGCCUCAGCGGCCCUGUGGAUCAUGUCAGGAAUGUCGACAUGGCACUUACAACCUCUGCCCGAAACUGAAAUUUACUGGAUCCGCAAGUGCAAAUCCUCCCGUCCAAGGUUCUCUGCAGUCUGUAUACCAACAUCCGGCCAAUUUUGUGUUCCAUCUUCCCGAUUCAAUCAGCUAUCAGGAAGCAGCCUUAAUUGAACCACUUUCGGUGUCAUUGCAUGCAGUUCGGCGUGCGGGUCUACAUGCGGGUCAGUCAGUGCUUGUCGUGGGCGCUGGACCGAUUGGCCUGCUGUGUGCCAUCAUAGCACGCAUUUCGGGGGCAUCUACAAUUGGAAUGGUGGAUGUGCAACAUAGCCGGUUGGAGUUCGCAAUUCGUCACGGCUAUGCGGACUAUAUUGUGGACGUACCCACAUCUCCCAAGGAGGGCGAGACGAAAACAGACUUUGCCACUCGCAUCGCUAAGGAUAAUUUGGGCCGACACCCUUUGUUUAAACCAGCUAAUGUCGCCUUCGAAUGUACAGGUGUGGAUGUGUGUGCCAACUUGAGCAUUCAUUCUAUGGCUCCACGAGGCAAGGUAGUGAUUGUAGGGAUGGGUGCUCCUCACCAAGUACUGAAUGUGGGUCUUGCGGCUGUUCGUGAGGUUGACAUUAUCAAUGUGUGGCGGUACGCCAAUACCUUUCAGACGGCGAUCGAUCUACUGGUAUCCGGCAAUUUGAACCUCGGGCCGCUUAUUUCACAUACUUUCUCACUCGCAGAAGCCAAAGCCGCCUUCGACAUGCUAUGUUCGCGCCCAGCAGACUUGGUGAAAUGUAUCAUAACGUCGCAGUAG